UAUAAACAUGUCCAUCAAUCAAGUUAGCGCAUGAUAUUCAUGUUAUACAUUUCCGAACGCUUGUUCGUUUCCAAUUGUCGUUAUAUAGAGUAUUGUAAUGAGGCAUGGACGCCACAGUUCAAUACGAUGUGUGUAUUGUGGGAGCUGGCUUGGUCGGAUCGGCAGCGGCAAGAUGGCUCUCCAACUACCCGGGGAUCAAAGUUUGUCUCGUUGGUCCCUUGGAACCAACAAAAGAGGAAAUGAACGAUAAGUCACGGACCAUCUUCGGAUCCCAUUAUGAUGAGGCGAGAAUCGUGAGUGAGGUGUGCUCUUGGAGGCGAGAUACCACCUGGCCUGUGGUGACCAGGCGAUCCAUUGACAGAUUCAGAGACCUAGAACGAGAGUCAGGUAUCAACUUCUAUCACGAGGUAGGAUGUGUAUUCAAGGCACCCAAAGAAGUAGUCACCAAGGUCUUCAAGUCGCUGCCACCGGGAACUCCAGCGACUUCGUACAGGCCAAAAGGCAUCCAGAAUGUCUUGCCAUACCUUAAAUCAGACGAUUUCCAUUCGCUCCACGAAAGUGCCAAGGGAGGUUACAUGAACCCGCGAAAUUACAUCCUCGCCAACAAGACAAUCGCUCAACGCAACGGUUGCGAUAUCGUCAAUGAAGUCGUCUGCGAUGUUGACGAAAGGCGGCAACCGGGCGCGGAUGCGUACGUGCUCCUGACGAUCAAGCGAAGUCGCGCUGUCAUCACGGCUCGUAAGGUCCUGCUCUGCACGGGAGGGUUUAUAAAUUUUGAGCGUCUCUUACCGAAGCCAGCAUUGGAGAUUGACAUCGACCCUUUGACGGAGAUGGCGGUACUGAUCGAGUUAUCGAGAGAAGAUGCAGAACGUAUGUCCAAGAUGCCGUCCAUUCUUGUGUUCAUACCAGGUGCCAAGGAUCCUAGGAAUUCGUACAUUCUCCCGCCAGUUAAAUAUCCAGACGGGAAGUAUUAUUUGAAAGUGGGUCAUGACUACGACCUCAAUCGGCCGAUGAGAUCGAAGGAAGAGGUAGCAUCCUGGUACCGCGCCAAAGGUCAGAAUCGCCUGGAAGAUUUCAAGAGCAUUUAUCUACGUAUCUAUCAGUCGGUUACAGGAUUUCAUCCAAAAUCCCUCAAAACCAUAACAUGCAUCACCACGGAGACCCCGACCGGUCAGUACUACUGCGAUCUGAUCACUCCUACUAUCGGUGUAGCAGCGGGUGGGAACGGUGGUGGAGCUAUGGUGGCCGAUGAGAUUGGUCGCACGGCAGCCAAGAUGAUCCUCAAGGGAGCCUGGGACUCUGAUCUACCCCAAGACGAAUUCAGGGUCAGAUGGAGAACACGAGAGGGCGUCACAAAAAGUCAGCUGUAGAUAUUCAUCUUGUAGCAAGUAGAUUUAAAGGCAUCGUUUAACAAUGUUAGAUCUGAGAUGCACGGCCCUGCGUGCUACCAGCGUCUGUGAUAUGGUGUAAUA